CAACACUGUCGGAUCAGUAAAUUGUAGUGCGAACAUGGAAACAAGUCGUAUGGGAAUUGUAGGAGCAUUUAACACGCUUUGGGGCAAUGACAAACUGACGACCAUACUGAGAUUGCCACAAGAAGGCACAGUUCAAGAUCAAUACAUCUCCCGUAUAGGAAUACCGGGCUCGGUACAGAACUUCGUGACCAGUAGAAACCUAUUUCCCACUACUAGGAACAAUAUUCUUCCAGCAGAAAGAGGAGAUAUUGUAGACAACUAUGUAGGAUCAACAGAUACAGGUACUAUGAUGGAACCAAGUAGAGAGGGAAUAUCGGAAGCGUUCAACAUGUCGUAUAGAAACGAAACAGAAAAGACAAUAUUGAGAUUGCCACAACCAGACAGAGCACCCGACCAAUCCAUCUCCCAUAUAAGAAUGCCGGCAUCGCUGCAGAAUUUCACGACCAGGUACCGAAGACAUAUUCUACCAGAACAGAUAUUAUCAACAGAAAGAGGAGUUGUAACAGAUCAUCUGUCUAGCACUCAUGGACAUCAAAGAAUUCAAAGAGUAGCACAUAACCAGACAAGCAUUCCAAGUGCACAGAGAUUAACAGGUUCACAUGUAUGGUCGGUCAAGGAAAAACAUAAGUGUAAUAUUCGGGUAAAUGGUGACGUAAUUAAAUGUGAUAUCCGAGGUUGUUGCCGUUUAACUUCUGGAGAGAUUCUGUUAGCAGACCACGUUCACAGCAGACUGAAGAAACUUAAUGACAGGUACCAGGUGAUCAGUGUGUGUAAGAUGCCUCCAUUUCCCAAUGAUGUUUGUUAUAUUGGUAACAAUGUAGCUGUAGUAUCACUGACCUCGAAUAAACUGCAGUUUAUUGAUAUUAGGGAAGGUAUGACACUUACCAGGUCUGUUGAUACAGAUCAUUCUUGCUGGGGACUGGCCUAUGGUAAUAACCAGUUAUAUGUUGUAGGUGACAGUUUCGUCUGUAUAUACAGUAAAGAUGGUAUAAAGCAGCAUAUUCUAUAUACUCAUCAGUCUCGUUAUCCUUUAUUCCGAAAUAUUGCACUGAGUGAUGAUGGCUGUUUAAUAUACAUCUCAAACAUGUAUGGUGAACUUGUUACCGUUGACAGCUCAGGAAACCACAUGUGCCCUUUCACUGAUACAGAACUCAGAGAAGCCAGUGGAGUGUGUGUAGAUGGUGAAGGUCAUGUUUUGGUAUCUUGCUAUUUAGACAAGAUACUACAACUUAGUUUUGAUGGUAAGAUGAAACUUGGAAUCAUAGCAAACAGAUCUGAUAACAGAUACUCGGCAAAAACGUUGUGUUUUGAUAAAGAAAAUACAAUUCUGGUAGCAGCUGGUUGUAAUGAUAACAUCUGGGUUUUAAAACUACAGUUAUAAAACAUAUCUUUUAGUUGACUGUUCAAUGUAUACAACAAAUAAAAUCAUUAACUUGAAAGUAAUGUAUAAAGCAUUUUCAAUAGAUCUAUGUGUAGGAAUUUAAUUUUGUUUUUGCCUCCUUCCUUGUCCUUACUUAUAUUGCCUGUAUUCUUGUGUUUCGAGAGUGUGAAUGUCGUAUAAGAGUAAAGCUAUUAAAAGGUU